AUGAUGAGCAAACAAGCAAUGUCAUCUGACGAACAAAAAAGACUCUUGUGUUAUAAUGGGGAAGUCCUUGUUUUUCAACUGUCUAAAGGAAAUUUUGCAGAUAAAGAGCCUGCAGAAAUACCAGUAUUACAUGUCAGAAGAAUGGUAUUUGACAGAGAAACAAAUGCAUUUGUUCAGAAGUCCACUGGAUUCUUUAGCAUAAAAGAAGAAAACUCUUAUCACUUAAAAAUCCUCUGUUGCAACUGUGUGUCAGAUUUCAGAACUGAAAUGAACCUCCCUUAUGUUAUGAUGCAGUGCAAUGAAAAGAAUAAUAUUUUCAAAUAUUUUCUACUAUUUCUUCACAGUACCAAUAAAUUUGAAAAGUGUUUGAGUUUUAGACUAGGCUAUGAGUUGAAGGAUGGCAUAAGAGUCUUUAAUGGUCCUUUAAUUUUAUGGGAACAUGUCAAAACAUUCUUCUAUAUCUCUUCCCAAACUGGCAAAGUUAUUACUGUGUCUUUUAACUUUUCCUCUAUUGAGUGGGCAGGAGAGAUUGAAAAUCUAGGUAUGGUUUUAUUAGGACAAAAGAAAUGUUACUUAUCUGAGGAAGAAGGCCCCUCGGAGCCUUCAAAAUCAGAUUAUGCAAUUUGGAAUACCACAUUUUGUGUAUACUUCCUUGAGAAUGAAGAAGUAAUAAGUGAUACAUACAUUAUCCCUCCUGCUUAUAGCACUAUAAUAACUCAUGUGCAUGUCUGUGCAACUGAGUUUGUCAACAACCAGCUAAGAAUGUCUCUCAUUGCCCUUACUCGAAAGAAUCAGCUGAUUUCAUUCCAAAAUGGGACUCCUAAAAGUGUGUGCCAGCUUCCGUUUGGAGAUCCUUGUGAAGUUCAACUUAUGGAUUCAGGUGAAGAUCUCCUUUUCAUUGUAUCCUUUAGGUCGAGUGCUUGUGCUGUUUGGGAAAAGAACUUUCAGGUUGCUGCUCAGUGGGAAGAAAUUAGCUCAGUACUUGUAGAUGACUUUAUCGGAACUGGAAGAGAACAAGUACUGCUACUGUUUAAGGACUCCUUAAAUUCAAAUUGCCUGAGUUCAUUUAUAAUAACAGAUCUUCACAAUAUAAACAUUUCAAGCGAAGCAUUGGAUUCCAAUGAAGAUGACUUAUUUGAAGACAAACCAGAUAAUUGUUAUUUGGUGAUUCCGGCUCUGGAAAGAAGAGUGCAGGUUGGUUUGGCUUCUAUUCCAGAAAUACAGCAGCAUCUUUUGCUUAAGGAAAAAAUUGUUUUAAAAUCUUACAAAGCUUUAAUGAACCUGAUUCAAGGAAAAGAAGAUAGUACAUCAAUUGCUGAAGAGAAAGAGUGCCUUGUUACUCUUUGUGGUGAAGAAGAAAAUCCUGUCCAUACUUGUGAUGAAAAGUUAUCAGACAAUUCUCAAUGUUCAGAACAGCUAGUAGAGAAGAUAUGGUAUCGUGUAAUAGAUGAUAGCUUGGUUGUUGGAGUGAAAACCACAUCUUCUUUGUCACUGUCCCUGAACCAGGUGUCUUUAUCAUUGCUAAUGGAUGAACCCCGUUGCUCCAGCUUUCGGCUUAUUAAGUGUCAAAACAGGGUGAUCAAGUUGAGUAGACACUGUAUUCCAGCACCAUGCUCAAUGCCAUAUGAACUAGGAUCAGAGGCAAAAAGGAUCAAGGUGACUGGUGAUAGUGAGGAAGAGGAGGAGGAGAGCUUUGUUUGCGGACAACCAUCUGAGAAAGAGUGUGUACAGAUUGUUACUGCUGUAACAUCUCUUUCGCCGCUGUUAGCAUUCAGUCGGUUUUGUUGCGCUGUGUUGCUACAAGUUAGGGAGAGAGGAAAUGGUAACUGUUCUGAACAUCGUUAUAUUCCGUGUGGCCGACUUUCUUUCAGCCUAGAAGAUUUCUCAAGUGGGAGGUACCUAGUGACAUUUCCAAAGAAACCUAUAGAACACAUGGAAGAUCUCUACGCGCUUCUUGCAACAUUGCACAAAACUUGUUUCCAAAUCACAUCAGCCAACUAUGCUCUGACUUCAAUGAAGGCAUGGCUCUUAAAACACAUGGAAUGUGAAGUAAUCAAAGAAUUUCCAGAAAUUUGCUUUUGUAAAGGGCCAGAAGGCUUGUAUGGGACGCUCUUCCACUGGAAACAAAGGACACCAUUUGAAGGGAUUUUAAUAGUCUAUUCCAGGAAUCAAACAGCUUUGUUACAAUGCCUUCAUAAUCUUACCAGAAUUCUCCCUAUAAACUGUUUCCUCAAAAAUCUAAAAUCAGGAAGUGAGGAUUUCCUAAGAAGUCAUUUGGCAUUAACUUUGGAGAAGGAAUUGGUUAUCCUUUGUUCCCUUUCUUCUGCCUUGGUUAAGGCUGACGACAACUUGGUGCAAAGGUGUGAACCAAGUAAAGAAAAGAGUAGUGCUGUUCUUUCUGCUUUGUCAGACAGACAAGAAAGCAUCCACCCCUACAGAGAAGAACUUCAGAGAGAAAGGCAAACGUUGGCAAUGGACCUAAAAGUGAGUGGUGCCCUUUAUAGAGAAAUGACUGUGAAAUUAUCUGAGGUUCAGCUGAAAUCAGACCUUGCUGCGCAGAAACUGAGUGGUUUAUAA